AUCUCAAGUUGUUAUGGUUCUUAUCUUUGUUUACCUUUGCUAGAAGUUGACUUUUUUCACCUACAAGCUGCACUCCCACCGUGCUAACGGUUUUCUCUGCUUUCGAAUGGGCGAUGGCGCGCAUGGCCACAACACAAAGAAGGGGCACUGAAGUACGUGGCGAUGCUGGUCAGUUGACCGCCGCCAGUUGCGCCAGUUUCACAUUCCCCAAAAUUAUGAGUCGUCUUACGUAAAUAUUGCAUGUGCAACGAAAGUUUAAAUAUAGACGCCGUCGACGUCCGCCAAUGCAACGAACUUUGCCGCAGCUAAACCGAAAGUAUUAAUUAAAACAUCCUAAUCGAUGUGAAACUGAAUUAUGGCUUCCUUGCGCAUAGUUAAUAGAUUAGUGUGUCGUGGCUUCGUAGUACUAACUCUGCUACUAGUAUUCUUCAAUGAAUGUAUAGUCUAUUACUUGGCCCAGUCCAGUUGGCAGCCGAUUGAUUGUAAACUGGACAAUUGCACACGCCUUUUGCUCAUUGCUGACCCACAAAUACUGGGCAACUCCUACGAUCGCUCAUCGCAUAGCCCUUUGGCCCGGUACGAUUCGGAUAGAUAUCUGCAAAAGACCUUUGAGAGGGCCGUGUCGUUUACGCAACCACACAUUAUUGUGUUUCUAGGCGAUUUGUUGGACGAGGGAAAUAUCGCCACUAGCCAAGAGUACAAGCAGUAUGUGCGACGUUUUAAACGCAUCUAUCAGAAUAAAAAGCUAAGCAAUUUUCGUAUGAUUUCGGCAUAUUUUCAGCGUGUCCAUGUGCCAGGUGACAACGAUAUCGGUGGCGAGAACGGUGACUACAUAUCCAACUCGAAUCAAAGACGCUUCGAGAACGAAUUUAUGAGUGAGGACCUUUUCGACUAUGACAAUCGAAUCCGCUUCUUUAAGAUUAACCGUAUGUUACUGGACUUUACCAAUCCGGACCGAGAUCAUAACGCCGAACGCCUGCGGAUUGGUGUCUCCCACGCUCCGUUGCUCAUAGGAGGCGGUCCCUUGCUGCGGGCCAUCAUCAGUGAUUUGGACCCUCAUAUCAUUUUCACGGGACACUGGCACGAGUCCCGAAUAUUUAUUUAUCCAUCCACCAAAGUUAUCAACUUUUAUGAGAACUCGGUGAGGCAUUUUGAUCUUAAGGCUUUGAAAGAACAGGAGCACAGCUAUCUGGAGAUAAUGGUGCCCACCUGUUCAUAUCGCAUGGGAAAGUCAAAGAUUGGUAUGGGCUAUGCUGUGUUAGAAAACUACAAUCUCAGCUACACUGUCUUGUGGCAGCCAAAUCGAUUCAUCCUGCUUUUUUCCUAUGUUUUCUGGGGACUGUUUGUCGUCUGCGGUGCCGUCGUCUACAAGAUGAUGACCCGUUGUCCCUUCCGCGUGGCCAAAAGGCAGACGCUCUUUAACCGCGUCUCGACCAUACCUCAAUUUUAGACUGCAGCUGUCUCCAAUCCUCACGGACAAUAAACCCAAAAUUCUCAAGAGUUGCUCGAAUAUACCCCAUACGACAAGAUAUUAAAAUUGUAUUUAUAGGAAAAUGUAAUCUAGGCGAAUAGAGGCAUUCAUAGUUUUAAUAAGUAUUUAUUGUAUAUUCUCUGGUCAAAAAUGAUAAUUUUCUGUUUAAAGUUUAAACUAAGAAAUAAAAACAACGAAUGUCAUCCAAA